AUGGCUCCGUAUCCAUACAAAGUGCAAACGACAGUGCCCGAUCUCCAAUAUGAGAACUUUGAUGGUGCUAAAUUCGGGUAUAUGUUAUGGCCCGUCCAAAAUGGCACCAAUGUGGUCAAAGGUAGAGUUUUACUGAUCCAUGGGUUUGGCGAGUAUACGAAAAUUCAAUUCCGCCUUAUGGACCACUUAUCCCUCAAUGGUUACGAGUCAUUCACAUUUGAUCAAAGGGGCGCCGGUGUUACAUCACCAGGAAAAUCGAAAGGCGUAACUGAUGAGUACCAUGUGUUUAACGAUCUGGAACAUUUUGUGGAGAAGAACUUAAGUGAAUGUAAGGCUAAAGGUAUUCCGUUGUUUAUGUGGGGACAUUCGAUGGGUGGUGGUAUCUGCCUAAAUUAUGCAUGCCAAGGUAAGCACAAAAACGAAAUAAGUGGAUAUAUCGGAUCAGGCCCAUUAAUAAUUUUACAUCCGCAUACUAUGUAUAAUAAACCAACUCAAAUAAUUGCUCCACUAUUGGCAAAGUUUUUGCCAAGGGUAAGGAUCGAUACUGGUCUAGAUCUGAAAGGAGUUACAUCCGAUAAGGAGUAUCGUGCUUUCCUGGGAAGCGAUCCUAUGUCUGUUCCAUUGUAUGGGUCGUUUAGGCAGAUACACGAUUUUAUGCAACGUGGUGCCAGGCUCUACAAGAAUGAAAAUAAUUACAUUCAGAAGAACUUCGCUAAAAAUAAACCUGUCAUUAUUAUGCAUGGGCAAGACGACACAAUUAACGAUCCUAAGGGCUCUGAAAAGUUCAUCCAGGACUGUCCUUCUGUUGACAAAGAAGUUAAGUUGUACCCGGGUGCAAGACACUCGAUCUUCUCGCUAGAGACAGAUGAAGUUUUCAGCACGGUGUUCAAUGAUAUGAAACAAUGGCUGGACCAACAUACUACGGCCAAAGCCAAACCAUAG